AACACACGAUUUAGCUGAACUACAACAUUAUUCGAAGCGAUUUGCGUUAAUCGAGAGACAAAGAGAAGGAUCCAGAAGCUGCUAAACAACUGAGGUGAUGGAACCUCCUAGAAUCCAUUUCUCCAUAUAAGAAUUUCCUAAGCUCAUUCUUUCUCUCACUACAACACACACACAGUCUGUCUCUCCCUGCAUUCGUAAUCGUAGCGUUCCCCCAAAGCUCUCCAUCUCUCGAUAAAAUCUUCCCAAAAGUUUGUCUUUUAAUUAUCGGUGAUUGUGCUGGCGGAAGUGCAAAUGGCCGACGCGGAGACGUUUGCAUUCCAGGCGGAGAUCAACCAGCUCCUGAGCUUGAUCAUCAACACAUUCUACAGCAAUAAGGAGAUAUUCCUCCGCGAGUUGAUCAGCAACGCCUCCGAUGCCUUGGAUAAGAUCCGAUUCGAGAGCUUGACCGAUAAGAGCAAGCUCGACGCGCAGCCGGAGCUCUUUAUUCGUCUCGUUCCGGACAAGGCUAACAAGACUCUCUCCAUUAUAGACAGCGGCAUCGGCAUGACCAAAGCAGAUUUGGUGAACAAUCUGGGGACUAUUGCGAGGUCCGGAACUAAGGAAUUCAUGGAGGCGCUGCAGGCCGGUGCUGAUGUUAGCAUGAUCGGACAGUUCGGUGUGGGUUUCUACUCGGCUUACCUUGUUGCAGAGAAAGUGAUUGUUACCACCAAGCACAACGACGACGAGCAGUACAUUUGGGAAUCGCAAGCUGGUGGCUCUUUCACUGUAACUAGGGAUGUUGACGGCGAUCAACUUGGCAGAGGAACCAAGAUCACCCUCUUCCUCAAAGAGGAUCAGUUGGAAUACCUCGAGGAGAGGAGAAUCAAGGAUCUAGUGAAGAAACAUUCAGAAUUCAUCAGCUAUCCAAUUUACCUUUGGACCGAGAAGACCACUGAGAAGGAGAUCAGCGAUGACGAAGAUGAUGAGCCCAAGAAGGCAGAGGAAGGCGAUGUAGAGGAGGUGGAUGAGGAGAAAGAGAAAGAAAAGGGCAAGAAAAAGAAGAUCAAGGAGGUUUCUCACGAGUGGCAGGUGAUCAACAAGCAGAAGCCCAUCUGGCUUCGCAAGCCGGAAGAGAUCACCAAGGACGAGUACGCCUCCUUCUACAAGAGCUUGACCAACGACUGGGAAGACCACCUCGCCGUCAAGCACUUCUCCGUUGAGGGCCAGCUCGAAUUCAAGGCCAUCCUCUUUAUUCCGAAGAGAGCUCCUUUUGAUCUCUUUGACUCCCGCAAGAAGAUGAACAACAUCAAGCUCUAUGUGAGGAGGGUGUUCAUCAUGGAUAACUGCGAGGAGCUCAUCCCUGAGUACCUCGGAUUCGUGAAAGGGGUGGUCGACUCUGAUGACCUGCCGCUCAACAUCUCCCGAGAGAUGCUGCAGCAGAACAAGAUCCUCAAGGUUAUAAGGAAGAACUUGGUCAAGAAGUGCAUUGAAAUGUUUAACGAGAUUGCAGAGAACAAGGAGGAUUACAACAAGUUCUAUGAUUCUUUCUCCAAGAAUUUGAAGCUUGGCAUCCAUGAGGAUAGUCAAAACAGGUCAAAGUUGGCCGACUUGCUCAGGUAUCACUCGACCAAGAGCGGGGACGAGCUGACGAGCCUCAAGGACUAUGUAACAAGAAUGAAGGAGGGGCAGAAGGACAUCUACUACAUCACCGGAGAGAGCAAGAAGGCUGUGGAGAACUCGCCCUUCUUGGAGCGUCUGAAGAAGAAGGGAUAUGAGGUGCUCUACAUGGUUGAUGCUAUUGAUGAGUAUGCGGUUGGGCAGCUGAAGGAGUACGACGGGAAGAAGCUGGUUUCUGCUACCAAGGAGGGGCUGAAGCUGGAUGAUGAGACGGAGGAAGAGAAGAAGAAAAAGGAGGAGAAGAAGAAGUCAUUCGAGAGCCUCUGCAAGGUGAUGAAAGACAUACUUGGCGACAGAGUGGAGAAGGUGGUAACCUCGGACAGGAUAGUGGAGUCGCCGUGCUGCCUGGUGACGGGGGAGUACGGGUGGACGGCGAACAUGGAGAGGAUUAUGAAGGCGCAGGCAUUGAGGGACAGCAGCAUGGGGUCGUACAUGUCGAGCAAGAAGACAAUGGAGAUCAACCCUGAUAAUGGAAUAAUGGAGGAGCUAAGGAAGAGAGGCGAGGUGGAUAAGAAUGACAAGUCGUUGAAGGAUCUGGUUUUGCUGCUUUUCGAGACAGCAUUGUUGACAUCUGGGUUUAGUCUGGAUGAUCCCAACACGUUCGCAUCGAGAAUCCACAGGAUGCUGAAAUUGGGUCUCAGCAUUGAGGAGGAUGAAGCGGGUGAGGAUGAUGCUGAGAUGCCGGCGCUAGAUGAAGAGUGCAAUGAGGAAAGCAAGAUGGAGGAGGUUGAUUAGAUAUGCUACAGUUUCUGUCAACUUUGUGAAUCUCGGUUUUAAAGUGUUGAAUUCCUAUGUACUACAGCUUCGUUGUUUCUUGUUUUUAUCUUAGUAAAUGCCAAAUCAAGCUAAUUAGCUCUCUACAAAUUGAGUAAUUCACAUCCGUGGUGUCGAGUAUAUUAAUAUAUUCUCUUUGUUUCUUAAAA